GGGAGCGGCGCUCCUGGCAACAUGGCGGCGCGCGGGGCGGGCAGCGCCUGAGCCCGGCGCCUCUCGGUCCGCGGGGGUUCCCCCCGGCCCCGGCCUCCUCUUCUUCCUUCUCCUCGUCCUCCUCCUCCCCCUCCCUUCUCCUCCUCGUCCUGCCCCUGCCCCGCUCCCCGGCGCGGCCAUGGAGAGCGAGGAGGAGCAGCACAUGACCACGCUGCUCUGCAUGGGCUUCUCGGACGCGGCCGCCAUCCGCAAGGCCCUGCGCCUGGCCAAGAACGACAUCAACGAGGCCGUGGCGCUGCUCACCAACGAGCGGCCCGGCCUCCACUACGGCGGCUACGAGCCCAUGGAGAGCGGGCAGGGCCCGCCGGGCGGGCACGGCUCCCCCGCCGGCGGGCAGGGCCCCCGCGGCGGCGACGGGGACGGCGGAGGCGGCGGGGGCGGCUUCGACCCGCCGCCCGCCUACCACGAAGUGGUGGAGACCGAGAAAAAUGAUGAAAACGGGAAUUGCUCUGGUGAAGGGAUUGAGUUUCCAACAACCAACUUGUAUGAGCUGGAGAGCAGAGUUUUAACAGAUCACUGGUCCAUACCCUACAAGAGGGAGGAGUCUCUAGGCAAGUGCCUAAUUGCAUCCACCUACCUGGCAAGACUGGGUCUUUCUGAUUCUGAUGAGAAUUGCAAGAGGUUUAUGGACAGAUGCAUGCCUGAGGCAUUUAAAAAGCUGUUGACAUCCAGUGCUGUUCACAAGUGGGGAACCGAAAUCCAUGAAGGAAUCUACAACAUGCUCAUGCUGCUGGUGGACCUGGUUGCAGAGAGAGUAAAACAAGAUCCAAUCCCCGUGGGCCUGCUUGGUGUGCUUACAAUGGCAUUUAAUCCCGACAAUGAAUAUCAUUUCAAGAACCGAAUGAAGGUGUGCCAGAGAAACUGGGCAGAAGUCUUUGGGGAGGGCAACAUGCAUGCUGUCUCACCCAUAUCCACUUUUCAGAAGGAACCUCAUGGGUGGCUGGUGGAUCUGGUAAACAGGUUUGCAGAGUUGGGUGGAUUUUCAGCAAUUCAGUCCAAACUCAAUUCUGAAGAUAUUGAACUUGGGGCAAUCUCUGCGUUAGUUCAACCAUUUGGAGUUUGUGCAGAGUAUCUUAACUCUUCUGUAGUACAGCCCAUGCUGGAUCCAGUCAUUCAUAAAAUGAUUAAAUAUGUACAGAAUGUAGAAGAGAAGGACUUGAAAGACAAGAGGCUGGUGAGUAUCCCUGAGCUCCUGUCUGGGAUCAAACUGCUGUGUAUGCGCUUCCAGCCUGACCUGGUCACGGCGGUCGAUGACUUGCGGCUGGACAUUCUGCUGCGCAUGUUGAAAUCCCCCCACUUCAGUGCAAAAAUGAAUUCCCUCAAAGAGGUGACAAAAUUAAUAGAAGACAGCACUGUGUCCAAGUCAGUGAAGAAUGCAAUAGACACAGACCGACUGCUGAAUUGGCUCGUGGAGAAUUCAGUCCUGUCAAUUGCUCUGGAAGGUAAUAUAGACCAAGCACAAUACUGUGAUCGUAUAAAGGGAAUUAUUGAACUGCUGGGCAGCAAAUUAUCUUUAGAUGAGCUCACUAAAAUUUGGAGAAUUCAGUCGGGACAAUCCUCCACUGUGAUUGAGAACAUACACACCAUUAUUGCUGCAGCUGCUGUGAAGUUUAGCUCUGACCAGCUCAAUCAUUUAUUUGUUCUAAUCCAAAAGAGCUGGGAGACAGAGAGUGACCGAGUGAGGCAGAAGCUGCUGAGCCUCAUUGGGCGCAUUGGCCGAGAAGCACGAGUGGAAACAACCACUGGCAAGGUUCUGGAGGUACUUUGGGAGCUGGCUCAUCUUCCAACGUUACCGUGUAGUCUUAUCCAGCAGGCCUUGGAGGAACACCUGACAAUCCUCAGUGAUGCUUAUGCAGUGAAAGAGGCAAUCAAAAGGAGCUACAUCAUCAAGUGCAUAGAGGAUAUCAAGAGGUCGUCCCAGCACAAUAAUCCUCAGUUUGUGUGGGUGGUGCCAGCCCUGCGUCAGCUCCACGAAAUCACGCGUUCGUUUAUUAAGCAGACUUACCAAAAACAAGACAAGAGCAUUAUUCAAGAUUUAAAGAAAAACUUUGAAAUAGUGAAGUUGGUGACAGGAAGCUUGAUAUCCUGUCACCGUUUGGCUGCAUCUGUGGCAGGCCCAGGAGGGCUGGUGGGAGCAACACUGGUGGAUGGACGAUACACUUACCGGGAGUAUUUGGAGGCACAUCUAAAAUUUUUGGCAUUUUUUCUGCAAGAAGCCACCCUUUAUUUGGGCUGGAAUCGUGCCAGGGAGAUCUGGGAAUGCCUUGUAACUGGCCAAGAUGUUUGUGAGUUGGACCGAGAGAUGUGCUUUGAGUGGUUUACAAAAGGGCAGCACGAUCUGGAGAGUGAUGUGCAGCAGCAGCUCUUCAAAGAGAAAAUUCUUAAACUGGAAUCAUAUGAAAUUACUAUGAAUGGUUUUAGUUUAUUUAAAACGUUUUUUGAAAAUGUGAACCUGUGUGACCAUCGGCUGAAGAGGCAAGGAACUCAGCUGAGCGUAGAAAAACUGGAAUUAAUAGGAAUGGAUUUCAUUUGGAAGAUUGCAAUGGAGUCACCAGAUGAAGAAAUUGCCAAUGAAGCUAUUCAACUGAUAAUAAAUUACAGCUAUAUUAAUCUAACUCCCAGAUUGAAAAAGGAUUCAGUUUCCCUGCACAAGAAAUUCAUUGCUGAUUGCUACACACGAUUAGAGGCAGCCAGCUCCGCGCUCGGCGGUCCAACAUUAACACACGCUGUCACCAGAGCUACAAAAAUGCUCACAGCAACUGCCAUGCCUACGGUGGCAACAUCAGUUCAGUCUCCUUACAGGUCAACUAAACUUGUAAUAAUUGAGAGACUGCUGCUGUUGGCAGAGCGUUAUGUGAUAACAAUAGAGGACCUUUACUCUGUUCCCAGAACUAUUCUACCUCAUGGUGCCUCUUUCCAUGGACAUCUUUUAACCCUUAAUGUUACAUAUGAGUCUACCAAAGAUACCUUCACCAUAGAGGCUCAUAGCAAUGAAACUGUAGGAAGUGUCAGGUGGAAGAUAGCAAAGAUGUUGAAUUCACCUGUGGAAAAUAUACAGAUAUUUGCCAAUGACAGCCUGCUAACAGUAAACAAAGAUCAGAAACUACUCCAUCAGCUGGGCUUCUCUGAUGAACAAAUCCUUACAGUAAAAACAUCAGGCAGUGGGACUCCAUCAGGGAGCUCUGCAGAUUCCUCAACCAGCUCCAGCAACAGCAGCAGUGUAUUUAGUUCAUCCUAUGCAAUGGAACAGGAGAAAUCCCUCCCUGGAGUCGUCAUGGCUCUCGUGUGCAAUGUGUUUGAUAUGCUUUACCAGCUUGCCAACCUGGAGGAGCCAAGGAUAACGCUGCGAGUGAGGAAACUCCUGCUCCUGAUUCCCACUGACCCAGCUAUUCAGGAGGCUCUUGAUCAGCUUGAUUCCCUGGGAAGGAAGAAAACACUGCUUUCAGAAUCCAGUUCUCAGUCCUCAAAAUCCCCAUCCUUGUCUUCAAAACACCAACAUCAGCCCAGUGCCAGUUCAAUACUAGAAAGUCUUUUCAGAUCUUUUGCUCCAGGCAUGUCCACGUUCAGAGUGCUCUACAAUUUAGAGGUGCUGAGCUCCAAGCUGAUGCCAACUGCAGAUGAUGAAAUGGCAAGAAACUGUGCCAAAUCUUUCUGUGAAAACUUCCUCAGAGCGGGAGGUUUGAGUUUGGUGGUGAAUGUGAUGCAGAGAGAUUCCAUCCCAUCAGAGGUGGACUAUGAAACAAGACAAGGAGUCUAUUCCAUCUGCCUGCAGCUUGCAAGGUUUUUGCUGGUUGGGCAGACAAUGCCCACCCUGCUGGAUGAGGAUUUCGUCAAGGAUGGGGUGGAAGCUCUGUCCUCGCGGCCCUUCCGCAACGUGAGCAGGCAGGCCAGCAGGCAGAUGUCCAUCUGUGGCACUCCUGAGAAGUCCUCCUACCGCCAGCUCUCCGUGUCUGACAGAUCCUCCAUCAGGGUAGAAGAAAUCAUCCCAGCUGCAAGAGUUGCCAUACAAACCAUGGAGGUGAAUGAUUUCACCUCCACAGUGGCUUGUUUCAUGCGCCUCUCGUGGGCUGCUGCUGCAGGACGCCUGGACCUCGUGGGAAGUAGUCAGCCCAUCAAAGAGAGCAACACUCUCUUCCCUGCUGGGAUUAGAAACAGACUUAGCAGCUCAGGAAGCAACUGCAGUUCAGGAAGCGAAGGGGAGCCCACGGCACUACACGCUGGGAUCUGUGUGAGGCAGCAGUCUGUGUCCACCAAAGAUGCUCUCAUUGCUGGGGAAGCCUUGUCUCUCUUAGUAACCUGCCUUCAGCUACGUAGUCAGCAGCUAGGAUCUUUUUACAAUUUGCCUUGUGUUGCUGAUUUCAUCAUUGAUAUUCUGCUUGGAUCACCAAGUGCUGAGAUUCGUCGCGUUGCCUGUGACCAGCUGUACACCCUUAGCCAGACAGACACAUCAGCCCACCCAGAUGUACAAAAGCCAAACCAGUUCCUCCUGAGCGUUGUUCUUGGGGCCCAGCUGCCUCUUUGGUCACCAACCAGCAUCAUGAGAGGAAUCAACCAGAGACUUUUGUCCCAGUGUACAGAAUAUUUUGACCUGAGAUGUCAAUUACUGGAUGACCUGACAUCAUCAGAAAUGGAGCAGCUGAAGAUCAGCCCAGCUGCCAUGUUAGAAGAUGAGAUCACUUGGCUGGACAAUUUUGAGCCCAACCGCACAGCCGAGUGUGAGACCAGUGAGGCUGACAACAUCCUGCUAGCAGGACACUUGAGGCUCAUCAAGACUCUCCUCUCACUCUGUGGGGCAGAGAAGGAAAUGGUUGGUUCAUCUUUGAUUAAGCCAUUGUUGGAUGAUUUCCUGUUCCGAGCAUCCAGGAUUAUUCUGAACAGCCAUUCCCCAGCAGGCAGUGCUGCAAUCAGUCAGCAAGACUUCCAUCCAAAGUGCAGCACAGCAGACAGCAGAUUAGCUGCUUACGAGGUGCUGGUAAUGCUGGCUGAUAGCUCACCCUCCAAUCUCCAGCUUAUUACAAAGGAGCUGCUUUCCAUGCACCACCAGUGUGACCCUGCACUCACCAAGGAGUUUGAUUACCUUCCACCAGUGGACAGUCGCUCCAUUUCUGGAUUUGUGGGACUGAAGAAUGGUGGUGCUACUUGUUACAUGAAUGCUGUUUUCCAGCAGCUCUAUAUGCAGCCUGGUCUCCCAGAGGCCUUGCUUUCCAUUGAUGAUGAUACUGACAAUCCUGAUGACAAUGUGUUCUAUCAAGUUCAAUCUCUUUUUGGUCAUUUGAUGGAAAGCAAGCUACAAUAUUAUGUACCUGAGAACUUUUGGAAGAUUUUCAAGAUGUGGAAUAAGGAACUUUAUGUUAGAGAGCAACAGGAUGCUUAUGAGUUCUUCACCAGUCUUAUAGAUCAAAUGGAUGAGUACCUCAAGAAAAUAGGAAGAGACCAAAUAUUUAAGAAUACUUUUCAAGGAAUCUUCUCUGAUCAGAAGAUCUGCAAGGACUGUCCUCACAGGUAUGAGCGUGAAGAAGCCUUCAUGGCUCUCAACCUUGGUGUGACUUCAUGUCAAAGCCUGGAAAUAUCACUGGAUCAGUUUGUUAGAGGAGAGGUUCUGGAAGGAAGCAAUGCAUACUACUGUGAAAAGUGCAAAGAAAAGAGAACUACAGUGAAGCGCACCUGCAUUAAGGUUUUGCCCAGCCUGCUGGUGAUUCACCUGAUGAGGUUUGGCUUUGACUGGGAGAGUGGCCGUUCUAUUAAAUACGAUGAACAAAUAAGGUUUCCCUGGAUGCUGAACAUGGAACCUUACACUGUGUCAGGGAUGGCUCGUCAGGACUCGUCCUCAGAAGUGGGGGAAAAUGGCAGGAACACAGAGCAGGGAGGAGGAGGCUCCCCGAGGAAGAAGGUUGCCCCUACAGAAAACUACGAGCUCGUUGGUGUGAUUGUCCACAGUGGCCAGGCUCAUGCAGGGCACUACUACUCCUUCAUCAAGGACAGGAGAGGAUGUGGAAAAGGAAAGUGGUAUAAAUUUAAUGACACCGUUGUUGAAGAAUUUGAUUUGACUGAUGAAACCCUGGAAUAUGAAUGUUUUGGUGGAGAAUAUAGACCUAAAGUCUAUGAUCAAUCAAAUCCCUACCCCGACGUGCGCCGGCGCUACUGGAACGCCUACAUGCUGUUCUACCAGAGAGUGUCCGACCAGAACUCCCCUGUGCUGCCAAAGAAAAGCAGAGUCAGUGUCGUGAGGCAGGAAGCUGAGGACCUCUCCUUAUCUGCUCCCUCUUCACCAGAAAUAUCACCCCAGUCAUCACCUCGACCCCACAGGCCCAACAGUGACCGUCUGUCCAUCUUGACCAAGCUGGUUCGAAAAGGAGAAAAAAAGGGGCUCUUUGUAGAGAAAAUGCCUGUGAGGAUUUAUCAGAUGGUGAGAGAUGAAAACUUGAAAUUUAUGAAGAACAGAGAUGUAUACAGUAGUGACUACUUCAGUUUUGUUCUGUCAUUAGCUUCCCUGAAUGCUACUAAGGUAAAGCAUCCCUAUUAUCCCUGCAUGGCAAAAGUGAGCUUACAGCUGGCAGUCCAAUUCCUCUUCCAAACCUAUCUCCGAACCAAGAAGAAACUCAGGGCUGAUACAGAAGAAUGGAUUGCCACCAUAGAUGCACUGCUCUCCAAAAGCAUUGAUGCUUGUCAGUGGUUGGUGGAGUAUUUUGUUGGGCCAGAGGGCCGGGAGCUUGUAAAGACUUUCCUCCUGGAAUGCAGCGUGAGGGAGGUGCGAGUUGCUGUGGCCACAAUCCUUGAAAAAACCCUCGACAGUGCCUUGCUUUAUCAGGAGAAGUUAAAAACUCUACAUCAGUUACUGGAGGUGCUACUUGCUCUACUGGAUAAAGAUGUACCUGAAAACUGUAAAAACUGUGCUCAGUACUUUUUGCUAUUCAAUAACUUUGUACAGAAGCAGGGAAUAAGGGCUAGCAGUCUUCUCCUCAGGCACUCUGCCCUGAGGCACAUGGUCAACUUUCUCCUUGGCCCCAACAGGCAAAGCAAUCAGAACCGCAGGUGGAGUUCAGCACAGGCACGUGAGUUUGGAUAUCUCCACAACACUGUAGCACUGCUUGUCUUGCACUCUGAUGUCUCCUCACAAAGAAAUGUUGCUCCUGGUCUCUUUAAGCAGCGUCCACCUCUCAGCAUCACCGCUUCAGGGCCACUUCUGGCACUCCAUGAAGAAGUGGAAGCCUUGCUAUUCCUGUCUGAGGGAAAACCCUACUUAAUGGAGGUGAUGCACGCGCUGCGGGAGCUGACGGGGUCGCUGUCGGUGCUCAUGGAGAUGGUGGUGUACUGCUGCUUCUGCAACGAGCACUUCUCCUUCACUGUGCUGCACUUCAUCAAGACUCAACUGGAAACUGCUCCUCCUCAUGAACUGAAAAACAUAUUCCAGUUACUCCAUGAGAUCCUGGUUAUUGAAGAUCCAUUGCAAGUAGAGCGCAUCAAAUUUGCCUUUGAAACUGAAAAUGGAUUAAUAGCCUUGAUGCACCACAGCAACCACGUGGACAGCAGCCGUUGCUACCAGUGUGUCAAGUUCCUGGUUACCCUGGCUCAGAAGUGCCCUACUGCAAAAGAUUACUUCAAGGAGAAUUCACACCACUGGAGUUGGGCUGUGCAGUGGCUACAGAAAAAGAUGUCUGAACAUUACUGGGCUCCUCAGAGUAACGUGUCCAAUGAAACAUCCACUGCAAAAACCUUCCAGCGCACUAUUUCAGCACAGGACACUCUGGCCUAUGCCACAGCCCUGCUGAAUGAGAAGGAUCAGUCUGGAAGCAGCAAUGGGUCAGAAAGCAGCCCUGCCAAUGAGAAUGGAGAGAGGCACCUGCAGCAGGGCUCAGAGUCUCCUAUGAUGAUUGGGGAGCCUAAAAGUGACCUUGAUGAUGUUGACCCUUAGAGGAGACCCCUGUGAACACAAGAACCAGCUCAAACAUUCAAUGCCUGGUCCCUGCUGGAACUGGAGUCGUGUUGCUGAUGCCAUUGGGAGUCUGGGGGA